CAGGCGCCGCCCUUAACGUCCUCACCCCUCCCCACCAAGUUAGCGCUGCCCAACCCAGAACCAGGGCCCUGAUUGGCCCAAGAUGGUUUAGGGCCGGAAGUCAAGCCUAGAGGGCGUGACUUAGUAAUACCUCCUAUCCGGAUUUUUGGUUGAGGAGUCCGCUGUGGUCAAGCCAGCCUGAAAAUCCCGGGAAGCCUAUAUCUAGUCACAUAUGGCUAGUGAAGCGGAACACGGAGAUGAGUACCAAGAUGUUCCUGUGGAACCCACAGAAAAUGAGAACAAGCAGCCGCCUGAAGGAGAGCAGGCCCCAGGGGGCUCCACCAGGGUCCCGCAGCCUCUGGAGGAGCUGGGGGCCCUUCAGCUAGAUAUGGAACCCCUGAAUGCACGAGCUAGCAGGGCCUUCGCUCGUCUGAAAAGCAAGCUGGGGCAGAGGCGGAAGUCUCACCUGGAUCGCAGAAGCACCCUCAUCCAGGCCAUCCCUGGUUUCUGGGCCCAAGCUUUUGUGAAUCAUCCCCAGUUAUCAUCUGUGAUCAGUGAGCAAGAUGAAGACAUGCUUAGCUACAUGAUCAAAUUGGAGGUGGAGGAAAGUAGGCAUCCUAAUCAUGGCUGCAAGAUCAUGUUCUUCUUCCGACUAAAUCCCUACUUCUGGAACAGAGUUAUCAUAAAGGAAUAUCUCCUUAGCACCACUGGUUACAGAGCAUCUCACUCCACCCCAAUUCAGUGGUAUCAAGAUUACAUGCAAGAGGCUCUCACCCGCAGGCACCAUGACAGCAGCAUUAACUUUUUCAACUGGUUUUCUGAGCACAAUUUUGCAGAAUCAAACUGGAUUGUUAAGAUCAUCACUGAGGACCUGUGGCGCAAUCCCCUGCCGUAUUACAUGACAGGGAACCACGGAGACAGGGCUCUCCGAGUUCUCUCAGCUGGGUCUGACACAGCUCCAGACGUUACCUUAGAGCAGUGAAACUCCUAGGAAGCUGAUUCAGACCAGGAGAGAGGUCUUUGCGAUGGUCUCCUGAGCAGAAAACAAUGUGCAGUCAACAAGACACCAGGAAAGAUACCUGGGAGGAUAUCAAAGGGGAAAUAAAUCCAGA